GUAUGGGACAACGAAAUAGGUACAUACUAAUAUUACCGAUAUCAUAUUUUCGAAAUUUGAAAUAUAUAUAUGCGAAAGAGAAAUUACAAAAAUAGUAUUAACAACAGCUGUUAAAGUACUCUUAACAAAGAGUAGGUUUAUCUCAGCCUUUGGAUCAACGCGCUGUGGAGUAUAAAAGAAGAUAACGGCUUUCAAAUAGAAGGUUGUAUAGAAAUUGAAUGUCAAUCUGCCAUUGUACAGGUUUCUAACUCUAGGCGAAAACAAAUAUAGCUUUCAAACGUAUCAUGAAUAAUGAAACUGAUGACAUAUCUUCAUCUGCUGUUGAUCAGAGAGAAGAUAUAGGUGUACCUGAUGGUCAGAUUGGAUCAAUAUCACGGAACAAUUCUGGGUAUAGCACUGCCAGCAUGAGAAGAAUUCAAAUUGCCAUUCAAAGGAAAGCUCUAAAUCAGCAAGAUGUGGAAGAGAUGUAUUCUACUGGUGAAACCUUUAAACCAAACUCAAUGAAAAAGGUAGCACAGAAGGUGAAAAAGUCUUGUAUGUGCUCUUUUCCCUGUCUUCUUUUCUUCCUAAAACAACGUUUCCCAAUACUUCAGUGGUUGUUAAACUAUCCAGUGAAAGAAUAUUUAUUGAGUGACCUUAUUUCAGCAUUUACAACCCUAUUUCUGCACAUUCCUCAAGGAAUGGCGUAUGGCUUAUUAGCAUCUGUCGACCCAGUCAAUGGUCUUUAUACUUCAUUUUUCCCUGUUCUUAUAUACUGUAUGAUGGGGACUUCUCGACAGGUGUCUGUUGGUACAAUGGCUGUCAUCAGUUUAAUGGCAGGCAGUGCACCAGGAAAGUUAGGGGCAGUAAGUAAACAAGAUGUUGUCAACUCCGAUUUAGCAGGUUUUGCUGUAAAUCUAAGUUUGAACACAACUGAGCAAGUUUUACACUCAAUGGUUGAAGUUGAUGGUAGUGGAGAUCCAUUCUGGCCUCCAACAAACUUGGAAGUGGUUGUUUCUCUUUGCCUUAUAACAGGGCUUUUCCAGAUAGUAAUGGGUAUCCUUCACUUAGGAUCGCUGACAGUAGUAUUUUCGGAUCAGUUUGUAUCAGGAUUUUGCACUGGUACCUCUGUUUUGGUGGUUGUUUCUCAGUUGAAAUAUUUGUUUGGUAUCCCUGCACGUAGGUUUACAGGUCCUUUCAAAGUCAUUUAUAGUUCAAUUAACAUCUUUUCCAUUCUAAAAAAUGCAAAUCCAGCUACUGUGUUAAUUGCAGCCAUUUCCAUCUUCAUCUUAGCAGUUGUGAAGGAGCAAAUUAAUGCUCGUUUCAGGGAGAAAUUAAAACUGCCUAUUCCCAUUGAUCUAGUAGUGGUGGUUCUUGCUACCCUGGUUUCUUAUAUGGGAGAAUUCAACAAGAACUAUGGAGUUGAUAUUAUUGGGGAAAUACCCACUGG